UGGGGUUUGGAAGAUGUUUGAGCAGUCCACUAUGAGUCCUGAAGCUGCCUACUCAAAUCUCUGGAUGUCAGCAUUAUAUCCUUUACUGUACAUGAAAACAUCAAGAAAGGCAGCACAUAGGGUUCCAAGUUCUACAUUUUGCAUAUGGGGUGAUUUUGGAUACGUUCUCUCUUGGGUGGAAUUGAAUUUUGCAACUCUUAAGUCAUCACGUAAACCAACAGGAAGAAGAGAAUUUAUCCAAAGAUUAAAACUUGAGGCAAAAUUGAAUGUACAUGAUGGUUGUGUAAAUACAAUUUGCUGGAAUGAUACAGGAGAAUAUAUUCUAUCAGGAUCGGAUGACACCAACCUAGUGAUAACUAAUCCAUAUAGUAGAAAGAUUCUUACAACUAUUCGUUCGGGUCAUCGAGCAAACAUUUUUAGUGCAAAAUUUCUUCCACACACCAGUGACAAACAGAUUAUUUCCUGCUCGGGAGACGGUGUCAUAUUUUACACAAACACAGAAAGAGACGCAGAAGCAAAUCAGCAGUGUCAGUUUAACUGUCACUAUGGAACAGCUUAUGAGAUCAUGACUGUACCAAAUGAUCCUUAUACCUUCCUAUCAUGUGGUGAAGAUGGUACAGUCAGGUGGUUCGAUGUGAGAGCCAAGACAAACUGCACAAAAGAAGACUGCAAAGAUGACAUCUUAAUAAACUGUCGUCGUGCCGCCACUUCCAUUGCUAUCUGCCCCCUGAUGCCGUACUACUUAUCUGUUGGCUGCUCAGAUAGCUCUGUGAGAAUAUAUGACCGGAGGAUGCUCGGCACAAGAGCCACAGGUAGUUACAAUGCUCGUUCAACUACUGGAAUGUGUGCAAGAUUUGUACCCCCACAUCUUACCAAUAAAUCUUGUCGAGUCACUUCCCUCUGUUACAGUAAUGAUGGGCAGGAAAUUCUUGUUAGUUAUUCCUCAGACUAUAUUUAUCUAUUUAAUCCCAAUGAUGAUCAGGGACGUGAACUCAAGAUCCCUUCGACAGAUGAGAGAAGAGAACCAGAGAUCCGGCAACCACCUGUAAAACGACUGCGUCUUCGAGGGGAUUGGUCUGAUACUGGCCCAAGGGCCAGACCAGAGAGUGAGCGAGAACGUGACGGAAACAUUGUGAGGUCGGAGGCAUUGGAUUCAAACACACCAGCGGUGCCGGAAGAAGGUGGUGAGGGUACCAUGGAGGUCGAUUCUCCAGCGGAUCAGCUGCCACAAUCUUCGUCGUCAUCCACAGUUUCAGCUCAGGCUCAAUCAACAUCAUCGUCAACUGCUGGUUCCUGCUCCACUUCUCUCCUGUCUUCACCCGAUGGUGAACACAAGCACCCACCUCAAUCAACAGACAACCCCCCACAGUCGGAACUAAGAGCUCAGUCCACUCGAUCUCCCGGGGUAAGUUUAGUCAGUAAACGACUGCAGCAACUGAGACUUUUGAAGGCUGAACAACAGAAACAGCAGGAUCUGGCAAAGAAGUCUUCCUCACAGCCUGCCUCUGAUCAUGUCACCCAUGAAGGCUCCUCACUGCUUCCUAAUAUCUCAGAUUCCCCUUCUGUGGUAAACAAACAGCUUGGAUCCAUGUCACUUGAUGAGCAACAGGGUAACAGUGCAGAUAGUUCCAGGAUUAGAACACCAGGUGCUGAACCAGUUCUAAGUCUGCAUUAUAGUACAGAGGGAACCACUGCCAGCACGAUUAAACUAGACUUCACCGAUGAAUGGAACAAUUCAGCUUCAACCUCUAGAGGAACAGGAAUUCAAAGCAAGCAAAGUAAUCGGCAAACACAAAUCCCCAAAGGGCAUUCGGAAGAAACACUGGCCACAAGUAAGACUGCAGAUGUUUCAACAGUCGAGUCAGCUGAGCAAUCAGGUAAAAGAAUAUGCAAGGUGAGGCAUGUGGGAGUGGAUGAUGCUCAUAACGAAGGGAGUGUAUCGGAAGAAACCAAGGACAGUGUGUUAGAUUAUAGCUGCCAAUCCGUCCCAGCAGUCUUAGAUGAGGGAAGCCAACAACAGGAAGAAGCUGCUGCUUGCCAGAGUCUAGAAACUAAUGAGAGCUGCACCAAAAUGACUGAAUCCACGCAGCAGUCGGAUCCAACAAGGUUGAAUAACCAGGAUGAGCCGACUAGAACGACGGCCAGCCGUGAAACAGAUGACAGUGAUGAUGACCCUGUCUUAAUACCAUCUUCCCGGUUUAGGGCAGGACCAGGACACAGAUUUACUUUCAGAGGAAUGGCAGUGGGUGAUAGAAUGAGACGAACUGCAGCAGCCCGUAUUCAGGAGUUGUUCAGAAGGAGAAAAGAAAAGAAGGAAAUGGAAGAAUUAGAGACUCAAAACGUAAGAAAGCCAACAAUAAAAAUGGUGUACAAAGGCCACCGUAACUCAAGAACAAUGAUCAAAGAAGCCAACUUCUGGGGCAGUUAUUACGUAAUUAGUGGCUCAGACUGUGGUCACAUAUUCAUCUGGGAUCGUCAGACAGCUGAGUUGCUGAUGUUAUUGGAAGCUGACAACCAUGUGGUGAACUGCCUUCAACCUCAUCCUUUUGAUCCAAUUCUGGCAUCCUCGGGUAUAGAUUAUGAUGUCAAGAUUUGGACUCCACUGGAAGGAAUACCAGCCUUUGACAGAAAACUUGCAGAUGAGGUGAUCAGUCGCAAUGAAUUGAUGCUGGAGGAGACCAGGAAUACAAUCACAGUUCCAGCAUCGUUCAUGCUCAGAAUGUUGGCCUCACUCAAUCAUAUCAGAACAGACCGGUUGGAAGGUGACCGCUCAGAAGGCUCUGGUCAAGAGAACGAAGAUGAUGAAUAAUUAAUUGUCCAAAUUCGAGAGAAAAAAAAGCAUCAAGAAAUUUGUAUUACAGAAAAAUUAGUAUAUUUUCCCAAUAAAGCCUUAGUGUUAUUUUAGUUCCUUUUCUGGAAAAAAAAGGUACAUUUAAUAUGAAAAUUUAUUUGUGCAAAAUGUGUGCACGAAUUAGGAUGAGAAAGGUGGGAAAAGAUUAAGUUGCUUUUAAUUAUUAUGUUCUGUGGAUGAGAUGUUUGGAGGUUUCAAGUGCAAUAUUCUCUAAUGUGCAACUGUACGUGCUUGAAUCAGUGUUUUGAGUGUGAAGAUUAAAAAAGAAACACUAGUGAGAGGGUUAACCUUUCUAAACCUGCUGUUUUAUGCAUGUACACUGAGGGGGAAAAUUCAUUAAAGUUUUGGUUGUUUAAAAAAAAA